UAUCAUUAGCAUUUAACCCCCUCCCUCUUCCCAUCCCCUCCCCGCACAUGGCUGACGUCAGACCCCGCCAGGAGUUGGGGGAAAAGCUAAGUGGGCCAGGGACGCCCUAUUCCCCUCCCCGCGGCUGCCUGUCAGAGCGCUUCUGGAGAUAUUACAGGGGACCCAGCCCGCAGCGACAAGCACAAAGUCACGGGGUAAUGAACUUCGGGGACCCUUUGCUGUUCUGUGCGCGGCUGUCCCCGGAAACCGGGACCUGGCCCCCUGUUUCCUCGGAAGACUUCCCAGCAAUCUAGUUUCCCACUCCGCUCUCGGGUUUGGGCAGCGCGGAGCCCAUCUGCCUGAGACCGCGGUUGUGUUUUCCUUCUUUCCUUAAAAGAGCAGCGCUCUGUAGAGAUCUGGCCACACUCCGCAUGCCUAAUGUAGAAGGAUAAAUUGAAGACUGAGAGACAGGAAUGGGGAAAGAGAGGGAUUUUCUCCUUUUUGCUCCGUAGGAAGACCGUUUUCGUGUCUCCAUCUCUGUCCUUCACUAUUCCUCUCUUGCUGUCCUCCUCCCAUCUUCCUCGAUCUGCCUGUCCGUCUCUCCGUUUGUCUGUCCAUGCGCGUGUCCCUACCAAGCAACAUUCCCAGCAGCUGCGGUUUUGCAAGAGCCGGGAAGAAACUUGAGGAUGCUUAAAUUCCCACCGUGGAACGAAUUCUGAGCACCCAGGGAGCAGCGCAGCGCGCAACCGACACCCACCUGUCCGGCCCGGGAGCCUGCAGGCUGGAGGGCGGCUGGAGAGCGGCGGCGCCCGGCGGUGAGGCGGGCGCUGUCGGCCGGGACUCGGGCAGCGCCCACCAACCGCUCCGCCCGGGGACAGCCAGCAUGAGCAAGCCGGCCGGAUCAACAAGCCGUAUUUUAGAUAUCCCCUGUAAAGUGUGUGGCGACCGCAGCUCGGGGAAACACUACGGGGUCUACGCCUGCGACGGCUGCUCGGGGUUUUUCAAACGGAGUAUCCGGCGGAAUAGGACGUAUGUCUGCAAAUCUGGAAACCAGGGAGGCUGCCCAGUGGACAAGACGCACAGAAACCAGUGCAGGGCGUGUCGGCUGAAGAAGUGUUUGGAAGUCAACAUGAACAAAGAUGCCGUGCAGCACGAGCGGGGGCCUCGGACGUCCACCAUUCGCAAGCAGGUGGCCCUCUACUUCCGCGGACACAAGGAGGAGAACGGGGCGGCUGCGCACUUCCCCUCGGCGGCGCUGCCCGCGCCCGCGUUCUUCACCGCAGUCACGCAGCUCGAACCCCACGGCUUGGAGCUGGCCGCGGUGUCCGCCACCCCGGAGCGGCAGACUCUCGUGAGCCUGGCUCAGCCCACGCCCAAGUAUCCCCACGAAGUGAAUGGGACCCCGAUGUAUCUGUACGAAGUGGCCACGGAGUCCGUGUGUGAAUCAGCCGCCAGGCUUCUGUUCAUGAGCAUCAAGUGGGCUAAGAGUGUACCAGCUUUCUCCACGCUAUCUUUGCAGGACCAGCUGAUGCUUUUGGAAGAUGCUUGGAGAGAACUGUUUGUUCUAGGAAUAGCACAAUGGGCCAUUCCGGUUGAUGCUAACACUCUACUGGCUGUAUCUGGCAUGAACGGUGACAACACAGAUUCCCAGAAGCUGAACAAGAUCAUAUCUGAAAUACAAGCUUUACAGGAGGUGGUGGCUCGAUUUAGACAACUCCGGUUAGAUGCUACCGAAUUUGCCUGUCUGAAAUGCAUCGUCACUUUCAAAGCUGUUCCUACACACAGUGGUUCUGAGCUGAGAAGUUUCCGGAAUGCUGCCGCCAUUGCAGCCCUUCAAGAUGAGGCCCAGCUAACCCUCAACAGCUACAUCCAUACCAGAUACCCCACGCAGCCCUGUCGCUUUGGAAAACUCCUGUUGCUUUUGCCAGCUUUACGUUCUAUUAGUCCAUCAACCAUAGAAGAAGUGUUUUUCAAAAAAACCAUCGGCAACGUGCCCAUUACAAGACUGCUUUCAGAUAUGUACAAAUCCAGUGAUAUCUAAGCUCCAAGUCCCCGCUUUUCAGGAUGGGACAGUGUCUGAUGAACUUCUACCCGCAGAGAACAAGCCUCAACUAACAAACCCUUCAGGAAGCAUAAACCUGGGAAUGUGUAGCCUUCAGAAAAACAUGCCAAUGGACGCAAAACAGUUCCAGUCGCUUUGACCUGCUGCCUCCCCCAGGGUAGGGCAGCAGGGAAGGAAAGGGGGUGUCACAGGACCACCCGAGCCGAGAGAACUCCUUGCUGCCGCGCCCUGGGAGGGGGGCCAGAUCGGGGGGUUGCUGCAGGCCGUGCCAUCCUGCCUCUUACCUGGAAGACAGGGCUGAACUCUCAAAAGCUGAACCGUCCGUAGAACUUUCUUUUCUUUUUUAGCAUAUGAAGUUGGGUAACCAAAUAGAGCUCUGUGUAUAACAUCAUACGGCAGCCUUCAGAACUAUUUUACGUUGGAGAAUUUAUUUUAAAAAUAAUGGUUAGGUUUUCAAUCAAAAGUUUUAUCAAAAGUUUUUCUUCUAUCAUACUACAUCAUGAAGUGGCCUUCAGGACUGAGUUAGUAAAUGAAAGGUAGCUUAUGCCGUGAAACUUGUUUUCUCUCCUUUCUCUCUCUUUUGUUUUUCUCUUUCUUCUUCCCCUCCUUCUCCUCCUCCUUCUCUUCAAUACCAUAGGCCAGGCAACCUUGUCCAAGGAACUGGUGGACGAAAAUGAGAUUCGCACCAGGACUUGAGCUCGGAUAACAUCUCAAAAAUAGAAGAGCUUUACUAAAAAGAACGCAAGUUGACGGAGGAUGGAUAAAAACAGCAAAACCAAAUAAAGCGGAGGUGAAGGCGGAGGGAGAUCGCUGUCCCAUUAUCAAAGUGCUGAAACCAAAGGCGAUGGGGGUCCAAACUCGUGUUUCAGCGAGUCACAGCAGAGUAGCUGAACAGAGACAUGACGCCAGAAGGAACCACAUGGAGAUGAAGGCUAAAUGGUUUCUUGAUUGAUCCAUGGCUAACAGCCCGAGACUCUUCAAUGCCUUUCAGAAAACCGGUUUCUAGUAAAGCCUUGAACACGCGCAUGCACACGCACACGCACAC